AUGGUGCUGCCGUCCGGCGGCGGCGGCGCCACCGCCGCCGCGGCCGCCGCCGCACGGCCCCCGGUCGCUGCUCCGGGCCCUGCGAUGGCGGAUCCCCCACCGCCCAACCUGGCAGCCAUUUUCAAUCUCGACGCUCCGAUUGAGCCGCCUCUGAUUAAACCUUUGGCCGAGGAGGCCCCGCCAUCGGCCGUGUCGACGCCGACGGCCACCGAGCCCGGGCGUUCUGUCGGCCGGGGAGCCGCCCAUGCCAGCCCAUACCGCAUCUCCAAGGCCCGGCUGACGCCGAUUCGUCCGCGCGUGGCGGUCAUCUGUGCCAGUAACCAAAAUCGCAGCAUGGAAGCACACGAUGUGCUCAUCUCGCACGGCAUCCCAGUCCACUCAUAUGGUACUGGCAGUCGGGUGAAGCUUCCUGGGCCGUCGGCCGACAAGCCGAACGUCUAUCCCUUUGGGACGCCAUAUGCGUCGAUCGAGAAGGAGCUCGGGUCGAAGGAUCCCAAACUCUACAAGGGUAAUGGCUUGCUGCCGAUGCUUGAGCGGAAUUCCCGGGUCAAGCGCGCGCCCGAGCGCUUUGUCGACACGCUGAUGGCUCCGUAUGUCCCGGCGCCGGAUGAGCCCGUGCAAGCGGUCCAAGCCGCCAAGCAGGAGUCCACGCCGGUGGUCUUGCCCGACUUGAGGCUCAUCGACCGGCACCCGGGGCAACUGGCCAGCACCACAACCGACGUCCGGUGGAAGGAUUUGGACUUCGGGGCCGUGGCGGCAUGUUCCUUCCUGGCGGCCGACCGGGACCUCAUCACUUGCACAUCCCUGAGCGGCCUUUUCCUGGAGAACCACUAUGGGGCCGGGAAUUCGGCUCCCAUGGCCCUGGUGACGCCGGUGGCCGGGGAAUCGGCCGGUCCGGGGGAGAUCGAGGGGGAAGAUCAACAACCGGGCGACUUUGUCGGGGCUGGAACCCCGCCAGGAGUGCCGCCGGACCACUCGAACCCGGACCCGACCUUGGAGCUGGACUUCACGGAGCCGGACGACUCGGCUGCCCCGUCGGCCACCACCUCGGCGUCGGCCUCCUCGCGGAAUCUUUCCCGAGUGCGGCUCUCAUCACGUCAGUGCCAAACUGGGCCCGAGCGCUUUGAUGUGCUGAUCACCUGCGAGGCUCGCUGCUUUGAGGCUGUGCGGGCCACCCUCACUUCCAUCGAUGUGACCUUGCCGCCGGCCGUCCCGGGUGAGGGGAGCGGCCCCUCGAUGACGGAGGCGCGCGCAGCGGCCUCCAUCGUUCCGGCCACCUGGCGUGGUCCGCGCCACGGGGUACCGGUGCAUGUCAUCAAUGUGGAAAUCAAGGACAACCGGACCGAAGCGCGCCUCGGUGCGGCAGACAUCUUGAACUUGGUACAAAGUAUCGUUGCCGGGGUUUCGGGCCGCCAGGAAGACUUGGAUGCGGUGAUCCCGGCUGUGCUGCGUCGUUUCCAAAAGGAGACCGGGCGCGCGGUUCUCCACACCAUUUGCUACUACUGAAUUGACCCUGGGGCACAUGGCUGGCGGUGAGAGGCAGCGGAACCGACCAGGUGGCGGAUCUGCCGCCGGAUAUACGCCCAUGUCCGCCCGUUGCCGGUAGAAAAAUAGACUUUCCCAUCGCCCACA